CCCCCCCUCCCCCUUUAGGUCUUUGUCCAUAUCAAGCCGGCAAUCCUGGAGAUGGAAAGGAAGCGGUUCGAGUGCUCGGCGCUCCCCUCCGGCUGGAAAAGGGAAGAAGUAACUCGAAAGUCCGGCCUGUCGGCGGGGAAGAGCGACGUCUAUUACUAUAGGUUGCCUGUCCAUCACGCACCAUUCCCUGGCCAAGAAGAGAGGCAGGUGAUCUGCUACCAGGCCUCUGCCAAUGUAGCUCUUGAGCUGUCCACUAGGAGUCCAAGUGGAAAGAAAUUCAGAAGCAAGCCACAGCUUGCACGGUACCUGGGCAACUCGAUGGAUCUGAGCAGUUUUGAUUUCCGAACAGGGAAAAUGCUGAUCAGCAAACUGAACAAGAACAGACAGAGGCUGCGCUUCGACUCUGCCAACCAGGUCAAGGGCAAGCCAGAUCUGAACACUUCACUACCUGUUAGACAGACUGCUUCAAUUUUCAAACAGCCAGUUACUAAAGUGACCAACCACCCCAACAACAAAGUAAAAAUGGAUCCACAGAAAGCUGUAGAACAGCCACGGCAGUUAUUCUGGGAAAAGAAGCUGACUGGAUUGAAUGCCUUUGAUAUUGCAGAAGAAAUCAUCAAGACUAUGGACUUACCUAAAGGCCUACAAGGUGUGGGGCCAGGAUGCACAGAUGAAACUUUGUUGUCUGCUAUUGCGAGUGCUUUACAUACUAGUUCUAAUCCUAUUACUGGACAGCUCUCUGCAGCAGUAGAAAAGAAUCCUGGUGUAUGGCUGAAUACCUCUCAACCUCUCUGCAAAGCUUUCAUGGUCACUGAUGAGGACAUUAGGAAGCAAGAAGAACUUGUACAACAGGUGCGGAAGAAGUUGGAGGAGGCGCUGAUGGCUGAUAUGCUAGCACACGCUGAAGAAUCUGGAAAGGAGUCAGAUAUAGCACAAGACAAAGAAGAGGAUGUAUAGCCAAGGAGGUUAUUAGAAUCCAAUAUUUUUCAGGGAGGCGUGAACGCAAAGAUGAGUGAAAAUAUUCGUAAGGAUGAGAAUCACUGAAUAAUUGUAUCAUUUGGAAUUUCUACAUCCAAACUGGUUUAUAAUAUGUUUGAAGAACUACUUUUCCAGUUUAAAAAUAAAAGUGCUUUUUGUCAGAUGGAAACAGUCAUUGUGAUGGGCAUGUAGACCAUUGCCAGUAAUCAUUUUUAAACUUGAAGUUUGUUUUUAUAUGCUCACGUUUUUUAAAGCUAUGUAAAAUACUGUAAAAUUUGAUAUGUGCAAGUUGUCUAUUGGUAGGUGUAUUCUUUGUUUGUGGUUUAAUCGUGAAAUAAGCAUACAUACAUCUUUGGUGAUAAGAGCACUAACGAAUAAAUCCAAUAUUUCUAGUUUUGUAAGUUACGUUUCUAGAACAUUGCAUUCUUAAUCCUGUAAUGAGGCAAACUGCAUUCGUGCAUGUUCUGUGAAAAACUGUUUUGAAAGUGUUUUAUAAUGCAUGUUUCCAAUUAUUUCCCGCCUUCAGUAAGUGUACAUUAUGUGUAGUGGAACCAAACCAUAAAAGCUCAAAUAGCUUGUCAAUAAAAUCGAUUUGCUACA